CUUCAUCAAGCUAGCUUGCUUCUUCUGCUGCAGCAAUCUAGCAUCGCCUCGCCAUGGCUACCACCAAGCUGAUCCUAUCAGUUGCCCUCCUCGUCCUGCUAAGCGUAGGGCUGUCCAGCGCCAUUAGGGUAGUAAACCACGCCGCCACAGCCGACGGCCAAGGCAGUGGAGGCGGAGGCGGCGGCGGGACCGGCAAUAGCCAGGCCUAUGGCUCCGGAGGCGGCGGCGGUGGCGGCGGUUGGCGCGGCCGCGACAAGUCUGCGGCUGGUUCCGGAGCUGGUGGAGCGUCCGGCUCGGGCCACGCAGACUCGAGUACCACGGACACCGGCGGGUCUUCUACGAACGCGAAUGGCCAAGGCGGUGGUGGUGGCGCUGGGGGGAGCGAUGGCAAUGGCAGCGGCUCCGGCUCCGGCGAUGGAAGCGGGUCAGGGAUAGGUGAGAACUAUGCACCGUAUGGUUCGAGCUACGCGAGCAGCGGAGGGGGCGGGGGUGGCGACGGCGGCGGCCGCAACGGCGGGUUUGCCGCUGGUUCCGGAGGUGGAUCAGGGAGCAGCAACGGUGAAUCAACCCCUUAAGUAGAUGCGAGCUCAUUUCAUUUGCCUCCAAAAUAAUACGGCUGGCCAGCUAGCUCCGGCCACUGCCUACAGUUGCUCUACUUAUGUCUAGUAGUGUGUCAACGUGUGACACGUACUGUAUGUUUCUUGGAAUGUUUAAGCUCUAAUAUUUGGAUUUUCUAGUACUAAAAAGCCAGGCCAAUGGCCUUGUUUCUGAAGAGAAUAAUGUUUUUUUUGUAAUA